AUUACAAACACUCAAUAAUAUAAGUAGCAUUCCCUUCCAACAAGUUUCAUAUCCUCUCUCAAAUACUUAAACACUUUCUCCACCUAUUAAAGCUUCCUUCCAACAUAAUGGGAUACCGAAACCCGAUGGGGAUACCCGAUCCCCGGGUUUGGGGUUAUCAUUUUUAUCCCCGCUCGAAUUUGGGAUGGGUUUGGGGAAACCCGAACUUUAUGGGUUUGAGUUUGGGGAGGGCAAAACCCGUCUCCGCCCCAUUGCCAUGCCUGAUAAUUACACUUACGCUUGUGUUAUACGUGCAUGCUCUGAUAACUUUGAUUUUCGUAUGACUUGUCAUGGAAAUUCUCUGUCUGCAGGAUUGGGAAUGAACCCUAUUUGUUGUAGUGCACUUGUCAGUGCUUAUUCAAAACUUGGCUUUGUUCAUGAAGCUUGUAGAGUGUUCAAUGGGAUUGCUGAACCGGAUUUAGUUUUGUGGUAUUCUUUGAUUUCUGCUUAUGUGUGUUCUGGUAUGUGGGAUAUAGGGAUUCAAAUGUUUAGCUCAAUGAGACAUUCUGGGAAGAAGCCUGAUGGGUUUACAUUGGCUAGGGUGGUUGUGGGUAUUGCGGAUUCUAGCUUGCUGAGCAUUGGCCAAGGAUUACAUUGUUUGAGUCAAAAGAGUGGGCUUGAUUAUGAUUCUCAUGCAGGUAGUUUACUGGUGCGUAUGUACUCGAGAUGUAAGUGCAUGGAUUCAGCAUAUAGAGUCUUUUGUAGCAUUUUCAAUCCUGAUUUGGUUACAUGGUCUGCUCUAAUAGCUGGGUAUUCUCAGUGUGGGGAGUAUCAGAAAGUGUUGCUCUAUUUCAGGAAAAUAAACAUGGAGAGCAAGAAGCCGGAUUCUGUUUUGAUUGCCACUGUGCUGGCUUCUAUAGCUCAGACGGCAAUUGUAGUACCAGGAUAUGAGGUACAUGGUUAUGUUCUUCGGCAUGGACUGGAAUCAGAUGUCAAGGUUUCCUCUGCUCUCAUAGAUAUGUAUUCCAAGUGUGGUUUCCUGCACUUGGGAACUCGUGCGUUUAAGAUAAUGCCAGAACGUAAUAUAAUUUCUUAUAAUUCAGUAAUUUUGGCUCUUGGCUUGUACGGAUGUGCUUGAGGCUUCGCGAUGUUUGAUGAGAUAAUGGAGAGAGGAUUGGUACCUGAUGAAGCAACAUUAUCUGCUCUCCUUUGUGCUUGUUGUCAUGCUGGCUUGGUUAAAGAUGGCCGAGAGAUUUUCCGGAGAAUGAAAGAGGAAUUCAACAUCAAAGCUAGACCUGAGCACUAUGUUUACAUGGUGAAGCUUCUUGGCAGUGCUGGGGGGUUAGAAGAGGCCUACAAUCUCACUCAGUCCUUACCAGAACCAGUAGACAAGGCCAUAUUGGGAGCCUUAUUAUCAUGCUGUGAUUUUUAUGGAAAUUCCAAGUUGGCAGAAACUGUAGCUCAGCAGAUUUUUAAAAGCGAUCCUUCUGACAAUGUUUACAAGGUUAUGCUUUCCAAAUAUGCUGGCGAUGGGAGGUGGGAUGAUGCGAAGAAAUUGAGGGAUAAAAUGACAGGAGGUCAAAAGAAAAUUCGAGGAGUUAGUUGAAUUGAAGGAAGUUAUUAUUAAUUCUGAAAAAUUGAUAGGAGAGUGCAAGUUGCAACUGAUGUCAGAUAUAAAGAGGCAUAUCAGAAAGGUUUGAUAAUGUGAAACAGUGUUUUUAACUUUUUCUUCCUGUAUAUCUUUUGACUUAUUGGACUUGUCUGUAAAAUUACAUAGCUGGGGAGAAUGCCACCUUAUGUCUAUGUCUGAUAGAAAUCACAUUAAACCAAUUUGAUUGAAAUAUAUCUGUAAUGAAGGAGCUAGUUACACAGUAAAAUGAAUGUAUACCAUAUAGGCUAUGUGUUAGACAAUC